AUGAAUGAUGUAGGAAAGCCUUUGCUGGUGCUCCUCCGGGUUAAACUUACAUCCAACCAAAUAUACAGCAUUCAGGUUGGCGCAUUUUCAAAUUUACCAAGGCUUAGAAUUUUGUGCCUGAAGUCCAACAAGAUAACCAACAUUCAGGUUGGCGCAUUUUCAGACUUACCCCGGCUUGAAAAAUUGUAUCUGAAUUCCAACAAGAUAACCAGCAUUCAAAAUGGUACAUUCUCAAAUCUACCCAAGCUAAAAACUCAGAUUUCAUAUGUGUAUCUGGACUCAAACAACGUAACCAGUAUUCAGGUUGGCAUAUUCUCAAAUCUAACUAAGCUAGUGAUUUUGCACCUGUACCUGAACAACAUAAACAGCAUUCAGGUGCUCCUAAACUCAAACAAGCUAAGGAACAUCCAGGCUGGUACGUUUUCAAAUCUACCCAAGCUCCAAUAUUUGGACCUCCAGUCAAACCAGCUAUCUGCCCUUCCCCCAGACGUCAAUGACAUGAUGACAACUAUUCAUUACUUACAGAUUAGCCACAACCCCUGGCAGUGUGACUCUGUUAUAGCAACUAGUGGUCAUGAUCACCAGUAUGAAGAUGUAGACCAACUUGAUCGAACAAAGCAGGGUCAGUCUCAGACCAACACAAACACCACAGCUACUGUAGUGGCCAGUGGUCAUGAUCACAGGUAUGAAGAUAUGAACCAUCAUGUUACAACAAGGCAGGGCCAGUCUCAGGCCAUCACUAAAUCCAACACAAACACCACAGCUACUGUUGUGGCCAGCGGUCAUGAUCACAGGUAUGAAGAUAUGACCCAUCAUGUUACGACAAGGCAGGGCCAGUCUCAGGCCAUCACUAAAUCCAACACAAACACCACGGUGACAGCUGUUGUAGCAACUCGUGGUCAUGAUCACAAGCAUGAAUAUAUGAAUCUACACAAUCAGACAGGGCAGGGUCAGUCUCAGGCCAUCACUGAAUCCAACACAAACACCACAGUUAAUGAUUAUAGUAGUCAGACAGGCUAUCAGGUUACUAAAUAUAAUCAGACAGGGCAGGGUCAGUCGCAGGCCAUCACUGAAUCCAACACAAACACCACAGCUACUGUAGUGGCCAGUGGUCAUGAUCAGGCAGGGCAGGGUCAGUCUCAGACCAUAACUGAAUCCAACACAAACACCACAGCUACUGUAGUGGCCAGUGGCAAUAGUCCGUCUAAGGGCACAACAGAAUCCUUUGGUAUCAGAAAACUACCACCGGGAUGA